UAGGUAGAUUGGAUUGGAAGGUUUAGGAAGAUUAGCUUACAACGUCAAUGUAAACUAAUUAAUAUUUACGAGCUUAGUCUUUUUUUAGAUUGUUGUUCCAAAGGAUUUGUUACUUUAGAUCAUAAAGGCAGAUAAUUGAUCAAGCAAGGUUGUAAUAUUUUAAAUAGAUUAAAUAGUAACAGUGAUUCCUGUAAUUGUUGUGAACUGCUUCUCAGAAGGAAGUAAUGAAAGAUCAGUGGGGCUCUGCUCGAAUCUCCAAACAGAGUUGAAGUGUUGAACGCCGAUUAGAGUUGACACGGCUGGUUUAAACUGGACGUAUCGCUCUAAUAAUAAUGCCAGUCAAACUAACAACAGACCUGUUAAACUGACAUAAUAAGAAGUCUGUCUUGCACCACAAUUAUGUCUAUCACUCCCUCACGUCCUCUGAGACACUGGCCAACAUACUAUUCCAACAAGCAUAUAUUGAUCACACACAUAACUGACAGCGUAUACUUAAAUAUAUAUAUUAAUCCUGGAUUAAGUACAUGAAUGUUUAAAAUUGUGUGAAAUCAAUCCCAAGCCCUGUUACAGCCCUGUUAUAUUCUACAUAGAAACAGCUUAACAUAAAUUGUUAAUAAUUGAUGAUAACAGUGCUAUGCUCUUACCCAGUAUACCAAUUUAUGAUUCAUGACUGCACAUUGGUGACUCACAAGAGAGCUGAUAUGUUGAUACCCACCACAUUUGAUUUGCACCCGCAUUUGGUAGGUUGGUGGGUGUUAACUUUAAACCCUGAUUAAGAUGUUGCACUAGGUUUUGGAACAGUGUUGACGAGUAAGGAAGAUUCUGCUCAGGCUUGUCUGACUGAAAGAGAGCAGAUCCAGGCUCGGAUCAGCUCAGUUUUAUCCUGAACUUCUGCCAGUGAAAGAAAGAAAAAGUGCAAGAUGGAGAGAAAGUUAAUUCUGUUGGAAUGCAACAUCUCCUCCACAAUUCACUCUGUUCCCUGAGAAAGGAAAGACUCCAGAGCACCUGGAGAUAAAGGAUCUUAAUGCUUAAAUACACAAUUAGACACCUCCCAGAGCACACACAGCAGUCUAGUGCUGCCCUGCUGGAGUUUUUAUUUUUUAUUGACAUGGAACCUGCUGCAGCACUCGGGGCUGGAUGUUUCCUCUCACUUCUGAGGACAGAGGACUUUGUAGAUGUGAAGCUUUCAGACAAUAUUUUGUUUUUUGGCUUUUGAAGUUUUGGUUUUACUUUUUGAAAAAUGUCUAAAAGUCUUAAUGCACAACUCAGCCCACAGCAAGUGACAGUUGCUCACUGGAAAAGACCUGAUACAACACCUGAUUUAUUUGAAAUGAUUGAGAAAAUGCAGAGCAACAGAAUGGACGAGCAACGAUGCACUCUUCCUCCUCCUCUCAAAACCGAGGAAGACUACAUCCCUUACCCCAGCGUCCAUGAGGUUCUUGGCAGAAAGAGUCCAUUUCCCUUGAUUCUGCUGCCCCAGUUUGGGGGUUAUUGGAUUGAAGGGACCAAUCAUGAGCUGAGCAAUGGGACUGAUCUGGACCAGCUUCUGUCUCCCAAUUCACGCUUCAAACUGGAGUGCAACACCACCGCUAAGAUCUACAGGAAGCAUUUUCUGGGCAAAGAACACUUUAAUUACUAUACAGUGGACAGUGUCCUGGGCCACCUGGUGUUCUCCAUGAAAUAUGAUGUUAUCGGGGACCAAGAGCAUCUCCGCCUCAUGCUCAGAACUAAAAUGAAAACAUAUCACGACGUGAUUCCAAUAUCAUGUCUGACCGAAUUCCCCAACAUUGUCCAGAUGGCCAAGCUCGUCUGUGAAGAGGUGAACGUGGACCGAUUUUUCCCUGUGCUUUACCCAAAGGCCUCUAGGCUCAUCGUCACUUUUGAUGAACACGUCAUAAGCAACAACUUCAAGUUUGGAGUCAUUUAUCAGAAGUUUGGACAGACCUCAGAGGAGGAGUUCUUUGGGAAUAACGAGGAGAGUCCUGCUUUGGUAGAGUUUUUAGAGUUUCUGGGACAGAAAAUCAAGCUCCAUGACUUCAAAGGGUUUCGUGGAGGAUUGGACGUGACACAUGGACAGACAGGCUCUGAAUCUGUAUAUUACAAUUUUCACAACAAGGAGAUCAUGUUCCACGUGUCAACAAAGCUGCCUUACACAGAGGGCGAUACACAGCAGCUACAAAAGAAGAGGCAUAUAGGAAAUGACAUCGUGGCCAUCGUGUUUCAAGAGGAGAACACUCCAUUUGUCCCAGACAUGAUUGCCUCCAACUUCCUGCAUGCCUAUGUAGUGGUGCAAGUUGAAAAUGCCUGUUCUGACAACGUCCUGUACAAGGUUUCAGUAACAGCCAGAGACGACGUCCCCUUCUUCGGACCACCCCUCCCCAGCCUAGCCAUUUUUAAGAAAGGCCCAGAGUUUCGUGAAUUCUUGCUUACCAAGCUGAUCAAUGCUGAAUACGCUUGUUACAAAGCUGAAAAAUUUGCCAAAUUAGAGGAGCGUACCCGGUCUGCCCUGCUGGAGACGCUGUACGAGGAGCUGCACAUCAACAGUCAGGCUAUGAUGGGAAUGGGAGGAGAGGAGGACAAACUGGAGAAUGGAGGAGGGGGAGGGGGCUUCUUUGAGUCUUUCAAGCGGGUGAUCCGCAGCAGGAGCCAGUCUCUGGACACCAUGGGCCUCAAUAUCAGGAAGUACACAGUCUCCAAUAGUCACAGCGGCAGUUUCACCCACAACAACAACAGCCACCACUCACCAGAGUCCCCCAAACCCCCUGGGAUAUCAUUGCUUGUCCCAGGCAAAAGCCCAAGUAAAUAUGGACGUCGUGGCAGUGCCAUAGGAAUAGGAACCAUAGAAGAGUCUUUGAUCAUUCCUGGAAAAAGCCCAACUAGGAAAAAGUCAGGACCCUUCAGCUCUCGACGUAGCAGUGCUAUCGGCAUUGAGAACAUCCAGGAGGUCCAGGAGAAGAGAAUUGCUGCUCUGUUGUCAGAGGACAGGACAGUCCUCUGUCUUUCUCUACCCAGCGUCACUCUCAGGAAUGGGAGGCUCGUCGUGGAUCCUUCCAACAGUAGAGAGUGCUCUCCCAGCACACAGAGGAUGCCUGACAGUGGCCACGCCUCCCAGGAACCCAAGUCUGAAAACUCCUCCAAUCAGAGCUCUCCUGAGGUCCUCAUCACUAAGAACAGCUCAAGCAUGUACUGCCGGGCUCCCUCCAUUCCAGAGGCUCGUGACCUGUCCCGCUCCUCAUCUAACGCCAGCAGCUUUGCUAGUGUGGUAGAGGAAAAUGAAGAAGCCACAGAGGACUACGACACUGGCAUGGAGAGUCUGUCGUCAGCAGAUACUCCUCAUAAUCGAGACUCGUUCACGUACAGCACAUGGCUGGAGGACAACAUGAGCACUACCGGUACAACCAGCAGGGGGAGCUCUCCUGCUCCUGGCAGAACGGAUGGUGGAAAGAACCAGGACCAGAACCGUUCAGACAUCCGCAUCAAACUUGAGCGACCGAAUGACCACAAGUCCUCAUCUUAUUUCCAUUAGAAACACCUUAGAGAGAAAAGGAGAUCUUGAUGAAGAAGAGGACGAUGACAACGGUUGGCUGAAGAAGUGACAACAUGUACAUGGCCCAGAACCACAAUCAUGUGACCAUAUCUCCAUCAGGCAAUGACUACCCUCGCAGACUUGACCAGAAACAGGAAGGAGUUUGUUACAGGCAGUCAGAGACUGUGCACUGGCCCUCCUUCCAACUUGUCCUUCACCCUCCUUGUGAGUACAUCAGUAAAUGAAUGAGAACCUCCUCUGUAGCAGCGUCUACUGACAGGCCACUGUGCUGGUGAGUGGCUUAACUAGCAGGUUAUUUGAGGUCCUAACACUGUGCUGAAAUUCAAUUCUGUGAAGUUUGUCUCCAAAAGAACAUUUCAUCUGCUUGCACGAAAAAUGCUUUUUCAGCUGUCCCAACUGGUGGACUCUGCAACAGCGAUAGAGUAUGUUUCUGAAACCUAAAAUGACAAAUGGGACGUGGUACGGUCUCGAUGACUUCACUGUAAGUACAGUACACAUCAAAUGUGCUAUUUGGCACAGGGCCGUAGAGACCAAACCAUUUAUCAUAUUCUGAUAUUGAUGUUCUGUCAUUCAGAUUUCAGGUGUGAAAAUGGUUAAUUUGAUAUUCAUUGCAGCAUUGUAAUACGUCCUUUGGCAUUAUUUAAGAGUAACAGCACUCAAAAAGUUUUCCUGCAAAAAACAAAAAAAAAGAUCUGUUGCUAAUCAACGAUUGAUAGUUCAGUUAAAAUAUGUAGGAUGCGCCAAUAUUAAAAUUUUAUACUAUUUUGAAAAGAAAUAACAAAAUAAACUUUUUAAAUGCACCAAGUGUGAGAAUGGACAUUCAUUUUGAGAUUUGCUAAAGAUUACAUUUAACAAUGUUAUUAAAUUAUUUGUUUUUUAAAGAUAAACUUUAAGUGAGCGUUUGAUGAUGGCAAAGGUAAUCUAAAAGUAAAAAUGUAGUAAAAAAAAAAAGCAUGAACAAUUAUAUAUACAAUAUCGGCCAGUACUUGUACUGAAUUAAAACAUUUCUAAUAUAUAUAUAUAGUGUAGCUCAUUAUACCACAUAUUUUUUGGUGAGAAUUUCUCAAAAUUGAGCGAAACUGGAAGGUGCCGUUACUCUUAAAUAAUUUAUUUAUCUGCCAUUAUCCCUUGUGCAUGGGAGAAAUAGGGAAUUAUAUAAUGAGUGUAAGUCAAUGAAAAUGUUCACAUUUGAUUAGCAUCAAAACAUGACUGUUUUAAGAAGUGUGACAGAAGCCCUCUAAUUAUAUAAUAUUAGACAUUGGAAAUGCUUUACCUUACCCUCAAACAGAUAAGAAGUUCAGCCAUGUCAGUGUUACAACAACAGUGAGUUAACAUACUAAUUCAGUUUAGUUUCCUGACCAGCUAACCAAGCAGGACUAACCGUAAGUUAUGCUUUAUGCUUAGCUUUGUUUCACCAAUUCGACAUGUUGAUUAUUUAUCUGUUUGCCAAUCAAGCAGCUCAUGAUCAGGGCUGCAGGGUCUCGAGUUUUGUUUCUUAUAGUGACUCUUUUUUUCCAAACUUACUAAAAAUCUAAAAAAUCCUAGUGGAGAUCAUUUUCCUUAUGUUGACUCAUUUCAGUCUGGCUCUUCUUUGCUUUGUGUUUGAACGUACAGAUGGUUUGAUGUCUGAACUGUGUGCCAAGGUGACAGUCCUCUUUUAAAAACUCAGUCUAGACAGGACUUUUGAGUUAAAACAAAUGUGCUGUUGCUAAUCUAUAAACCAAUCGUUAAUGCCAAAAAUCAGUCAAUAUGAUGUUUGCUCUUUGUUAAAGGCAAAAAGCAUUAAAUGAAGCUUAAAUAUGGCAGAGUGGUUCGAGGUUGCCUUACUGUAAGUGUCCAAAUAUAUGAAGGGAAAAGCUUAGCAGAAUUUUUUGUAACCUAUUUAUGAUAAAUGAUUGGCCUUGGUGGCUUCAAUUAAACUAGUCCUCAUUGCUGAUCCAUGUUUGUUUUAUACAUUUCCCAUAACUGAUCCGUCCUCAUGAUACAUCAGACAUUGGCUGUCUGAAAUCUGAAAAAUGCUUUGCAGGAUCAUGUGGCACUGAAGACUAGCACAACUGCUGCUGAAAAUUCAGCUUUGCCUUAUUAGCUUAUUUGAAAAAAACAAAAUAAUAUGUGUCUGAAAGCAGUUUCAUUAUGCCUGUGAUGUUUUAGACUGAUUAGGCAGCUGCCUGAGGUUUUGGACUCUGCCACUGUGAGAUGUUGCAUAAAAAAAAUAAAAAAAAAAUAUUUGGGUUUUUUAUUUAUAUUUUUAUUUUCUGUUUUAUACCGCACUAAAAGGCUGUACAUCAUCACAAUAACUACAGGGAAUUACUAACACACUAAAUACAACCCCUAGAGGUCAUGGGAUCAGUUGCGUACCAAUAAAAAUGUUGGAAAUAUGGUUUUAGUCAGCUUUUGUUUGCGCUGCGCAGGGUUUCUGUGCCCCCUUGUGGUGAGUUAUGAUUCUAGCACCGUUCAUUUGCAGUGUCCAUGUACAUGACUGUAAUUGCUGUUCCUGUACAGAAGUCAAAUUUGUCUUGGAAAUAAAAGAUGCAGCACAAAAUCCUUGCUGAUGACAGGGUUUACAUUUUUAGAUGUUGUUAUGCUUUCCUUUUAGCUGCUGCUUCUGUGACCUUUUCCUGUGCAAUCAUCAUUGUAAAUACUGCUUUUUUUGUACAUACUGCCCAAGAAAUCUGAAACAAAUAAACUUGAGUGUGAUAUUUCAUGGAA